ACAGAGUAGGACACAAAAGAUCGUUUGAUCUUUUUUAACUCCUAAGGUUAUUCUAUAAUCCUCAGCCCCACCUCUCUCCCUCCUUUCCAGAGGUUUCAAAGAGGCGUGGUUUUUGCUGGGAAAAUGGCCCUGCCUGUGGGGAGUGGGGAACAUGCGCUUACCUAGAGGGUUUGUGUCAGUGGAGUCCAGAGAAAUGGGACUAGAGUAAGAGAUAAAAAGGCAAAAUGUAUCUGACAACCAGGACCCUGAAUUUGGAAAAGCUGGUUUUGGAACUCUCUGAAGUGCUGUUCUGUUCCCUGAGCCUCCCAUCUUGGCUAUGUCACCUGUGUCUGUGGAUCUUGGGCCUGAAUGAAGACCAGUCCAAACUUCAGAACCAGAAAGAGAAAAAAGUUGUCCAGAAGUAAAUAGGUCUACAAGAUUCAGUGCACUUGGAGCCUAGAAAGAGAAGGAAAAAACUGCUUGGACCUCUAUUGCCCUGUUACUGCAGUUGCAGCAGUCUGCCGGCAGCAGCUGAAGACUCCACCCCUUACACAGGAGUAUCCUGGGCCAGAGCAAGCCUGCUCUGUGCCCAGGUUAAGAAAUUCACUCCAGCUAUACCAUGGGCCGCACUAGGGAGGCUGGCUGUGUAGCCGUUGGCAUGGUCAUUGGGGCUGGUGCCUGCUACUGCGUAUACAGACUGACCUGGCGAAAAGAUGAGAAUGAGAAAACCUGGGAUGAUGAUGAUGAAGAGUCUAGUGAUACAUCAGAAACUGGGGUUGAGACUGAGAAAGGAGCCAAGAUUAAUGUUGGGGUGGGGGUCGGAGCCAAACCUCAGAGUGACACUAAGGCCAAGGCUGAGGUGAGAUUGGGACUUGAGAGUGGUCCGGGUGUAAAGAAGGAGUCCCAUUGUGGAUCCCAGAGUGGAGGUGGCCUGGAAGCUAAGGCCAAGGCCCUUUUCAACAUCUUGAAGGAACAGGCAAGUGCAAAAGUGGGCAAAGGGGGCAGGGUGGGUAACAUUUCUGGGAAUAGGACCCUUGCACCAAGUUUGCCCUGCCCAGGAGGCAGAGGUGGAGGCUGCCACUCCGCUAAGAGUGGAGCUAGGGCUGGGAGCAAGGCAAGUGGAAAAUCCAAGGGAAAGGCUCGAAGUAAGAGCACUAGGGCUCUACCUACAACGUGGCCUGUCCGCAGGGGCAAGUUCAACUUUCCCUAUAAAAUUGAUGAUAUUCUAAGUACUCCAGAUCUUCAAAAGGUCCUUAACAUCCUGGAGAGAACAAAUGAUCCUUUUAUUCAAGAAGUAGCCUUGGUCACUCUGGGUAACAAUGCGGCAUAUUCAUUUAAUCAAAAUGCCAUACGUGAAUUGGGUGGUGUCCCAGUUAUUGCAAAACUAAUAAAAACGAAAGACCUCAUUAUUAGGGAAAAGACUUACAAUGCCCUUAAUAACUUGAGUGUGAAUGCUGAAAAUCAGGGCAAGAUUAAGACAUAUAUCAGUCAAGUGUGUGAUGAUACCAUGAUCUGUCGCCUGGAUUCAGCUGUGCAGAUGGCUGGACUAAGACUGUUAACCAACAUGACUGUGACCAAUCAUUACCAACAUUUGCUUUCCUAUUCUUUUCCAGAUUUUUUUGCUUUAUUAUUCCUAGGAAAUCACUUCACCAAGAUACAGAUUAUGAAACUAAUUAUAAACUUUACUGAAAACCCAGCCAUGACAAGAGAGCUGGUCAGUUGUAAAGUACCGUCAGAGUUGAUUUCUCUCUUUAAUAAAGAAUGGGAUAGAGAGAUUCUUCUUAAUAUCCUCACUCUUUUUGAGAAUAUAAAUGACAACAUAAAAAGUGAAGGCCUUGCAUCAUCCAGGAAAGAAUUCAGCAGAAGUUCACUUUUUUUUUUAUUUAAAGAAUCUGGAGUAUGUGUUAAGAAAAUCAGAGCAUUAGCAAAUCAUAGUGAUCUAGUGGUGAAAGUAAAAGUCCUGAAAGUAUUAACCAAACUCUAAUUUCUGUCCCAAACGCUAGGAACAAUGUGUUUUUUAAAGUUUUUGUUUUUUACUGUGCUUAUUUGGCAAAGAGAUCCUUUGAGCUGCUAUUUUGGAAUAAUAAAUACCACAGAUUAUUAAUAGUCAUUGAUGUGGGGUUCAAACAGGACCAUUUUAAGAAUACCAAGUGAACAUUGGAGCUUGCAAAACAUUUGUUGAUUUUAUCUUCCUCCCUAGGUUGAGAUUUUUUACUUUACAUAUACUGACAGUGAAGUAAAUGUACAUUAUGAAUAAGUUAUACUCUUUUGUAUUGUUUUAUAUUUGUUAGCCUAAGACUCCUGUUUUAUCAAUAAAGUUCUGUGUUUUGAGCA